AUGUUCCGCUCCGCCAUUGUUCGCUCCUUGCGGGCUUCCGCCCCCCGUGUCGCUGUCAAGACCCCGGCUCCCUUCCAGAUCCGCAGCUCUCCCAUCGCUGCGCGCGUCCCCCAAUUCACUCCCUGCUUCGUUUCCCAGGGUGUCCGCUGCUACUCCGCCCCUGCUGGUCUUAACAAGAACGAGAUCGAGGGCCGGAUAGUCAACCUGCUCAAGAACUUCGACAAGAUCAACGGUGUUUCCCACUUCGCCAACGACCUUGGUCUGGACAGCUUGGAUACCGUCGAGGUCGUUAUGGCCAUCGAGGAGGAGUUCAGCAUUGAGAUCCCCGACAAGGAAGCUGACCAGAUCCACAGUGUUGAGAAGGCUGUCGAGUACAUCCUGGCUCAGCCCGAUGGUAUGUUGCUCUCUGCCCUCCAGCUUUAA